CAGAGUGGGGGCGGGGCCACGGCGGUGAUCCAGGUGCAAAUGUCACCUGUUUAGAUGAUCAGCUUUCGUUUUGUUGAAGUAGAAGACGUUUGGUUGAAGACUGACGUCGACAGUAUGAGUCUGAGAGUGGAUGAAGAGGAGGACGGAGCACAGUUCCCUAUGAAGGAUCCUCCAGGGGGCAGUCAUGAACCAGGACCCUCUGGUCCACCACCCAGAUCAGAGUCUACAGCGUCCGACUGUCUGUCUAUGAAGAGUGGCUGGUCUAAAGACCCCCCUCCAGAUUUUAAUGAACCAGGACCGUCUGAUCCAGCACACAGAUCUGAGUCUCCAGCUUCCGACUCGUCUAUACAGUCCCCUCCAGAUUUUAAUGAACCAGGACCGUCUUCACCACCUGGACAGACUUCUGAAGUGGACCCACAGUCCUGUUGUUUGUGUCAGAAGGUCCUGACUGAUCCAGUCCAGACCAGCUGUGGACACUGGUUCUGCAAACAGUGCAUCACUUCAUACUGGGACCAGUCCGGUCCAUCAGGAGACCCCUCCUGUCCCCAGUGUCUCCCCACAACUGGACCACUGGUGGACAGCACUGUACAAAAUGAACAUAAACGGAGUCUGAGGAGCAGAUGUGAAUGUGUGACUGAAGGAACCGAUGAAACAGGAAGUAGAACCCGUCUGAACCAGAUCUUCACUGAGCUCUACAUCACAGAGGGACAGAGUGAAGACGUUAAUACCCGACAUGAGGUGAGGAUGCUGGAGACGGUUUACAAGAAUGUCCCUGAAGACACUCCCAUCAGGUGUCAGGACAUCUUCAAAGCCCUACCCGACCAACAGGAACCCAUCAGAGUGGUUCUGACCAACGGCUUCGCUGGAGUUGGAAAAACCUUCUCGGUGCUGAAGUUCACUCUGGACUGGGCCGAGGGUUUAGAAAACCAGGACGUCAGUCUGGUGGUUCUGCUGUCCUUCAGAGAGCUGAACCUGGUCACAGAUGAGCAGUACAGUCUGCUGACGCUGCUCCAUGUUUUCCAUCCAACGUUACAGAAGGUCACAGCCGAGCAGAUCAACAUCUGCAAACUUCUGUUCAUCUUCGACGGCCUGGAUGAAAGCAGACUGUCACUGGACUUCCAUGACUGUGAGGUGGUUUCAGACGUCACCCAGAAGAAACCAGUCAACGUCCUGUUGACCAACCUCAUCAAGGGGAACCUGCUUCCAUCAGCUCUCAUCUGGAUAACAUCUAGACCUCCAGCAGCCAAUCAGAUCCCUCCUUCAUGUGUGGACAGGGUAACAGAGGUCCGAGGCUUCACCACUGACGACCAGAAGGAGGAGUACUUCAAGAAGAGAUCCACUGAUGAAGAUCUGUCCAACAGAAUCAUCUCACACAUCAAGACGUCCAGGAGCCUCCACAUCAUGUGUCAAACCCCACUCUUCUGCUGGAUCAGUUCUACAGUUCUGGAGCACAUGUUGACUUCAAACCAGAGAGGAGAGCUGCCCAAGACCCUGACGGACCUGUACUCACACUUCAUCACAGUCCAGACAAAGAGGAAGAAGAACAAGUAUGAAAAAAGACAUGAGGUACAGCUGACCGAGGCUGACAGGGAGGUUCUUCUGAAGUUGGCGAGGCUGGCGUUUGAACAUCUGGAGAAAGGAAACCUCAUGUUCUACCCUGAAGACCUGGAGCAGUGUGGUCUGGAUGUGACAGAGGCCUUGGUGAAGUCAGGACUCUGUACAGAGAUCUUCAAAAGAGCGAGUGUGAUCCUCCAGAAAACCAUCUACAGCUUUGUUCAUCUGAGCGUUCAGGAGUUUCUGGCGGCAGUCUACAUGUACCACUGUUACACAACCAAAAACAAACAGGUUCUGAAGAGGUUUGUGGAAGACUGGAACCAUAAUUCAACACUUGAUGAGUUCUUGAAAAAAAUGAUGGAAAAAUCCCUCAAAAGUGAAAACGGUCACCUGGAUCUGUUUGUUCGUUUCCUUCAUGGCCUCUGUCUGGAGUCCAACCAGACCCUCUUAGGAGGUCUGCUGGGUCCAACAGAGAUCAGUCCAGAGACAAUACAGACAAUCACCAGCAACCUGAAGGAGAUGAACAGUGGUCACAUGUCUCCUGACAGAAGCAUCAACAUCUUCCACUGUCUGACGGAGAUGAACGACCACUCAGUCCACCAGGAGAUCCAAGAGUUCCUGCAGUCAGAGAACAGAUCAAAGAAGAAACUCUCUGAGAUCCAGUGUUCAGCUCUGGCCUACAUGUUGCAGAUGUCAGAGGAGGUUCUGGAUGAGUUGGACCUGGAGAAGUACAACACAUCAUAUCAGGGACGACUGAGACUAAUCCCAGCUGUGAGGAACUGUAGAAAGGCUCGACUUGCUGGCUGUGCACUCUCGGAGAGUCUCUGCGAAGUUGUGGCUUCAGCUCUGAAGUCCAAUCCCUCCCAUCUCGCUGAAUUAGACCUGAGUUUUACCAUGAGUUUGACAAAUUCAGGAGUGAAGAUUCUUUGUUCUGCACUGAAGAAUCCAAACUGCAGACUGCAGACUCUGAGGUUGAGGGACUGCAGGUUAACAGAGACCAAAUGUUCUUCUCUGGUCUCAGCUCUGAAGUCCAGUCCAUCCAGUCUCAUAAAACUGGAUCUGAGUUGGAAUGACCUGAAGGAUUCAGGAGUGAAGCUGUUGUGUGAUGUUCUACAGAGUCCACAAUGUCGACUUCAGGUUCUGAGGUUGAGGGACUGCAGGUUAUCAGAGACCAGCUGUUCUUCUCUGGUCUCAGCUCUGAAGUCCAGUCCAUCCAAUCUCAUAAAACUGGAUCUGAGUUGUAACGACCUGAAGGAUUCAGGAGUGAAGCUGCUGUGUGAUGUUCUACAGAGUCCACAAUGUCGACUUCAGGUUCUGAGGUUGACUUCCUGCAGGUUAUCACAGACCAGCUGUUCUUCUCUGGCCUCAGCUCUGAAGUCCAAUCCAUCCACGCUCACACAACUGACCUUGAACUACAACGACCUGAAGGAUUCAGGAGUGGAGCAGUUGUGUGAAGUUCUACAGAGUCCACGAUGUCGACUUCAGGUUCUGAGGUUGAGGGGCUGCAGGUUAUCGGAGACCAGCUGUUCUUCUCUGGCCUCAACUCUGGAGUCCAAUCCAUCUAACCUCAAAGAACUGGAUCUGACUCGAAACGACCUGAAACAUGAACAUGUGAGGGAGCUGCUUGGUCUUUCCCUCAGUCCAGAUUAUGCUCUGGAGUUUUUGAGCUUGUGGUGGUUCUGAUCUCUGUACCGGUCUCAGUGAUCUGGACUGUGGGAGGACCAGCCGGGUCCAUGAUGAUCUCCACCUGUUACGAAGGCUUAGUCUGGACCACGUCACGGAUCUGAGAACAGCUCCACCAUCAGAGCCUCAAGUCCACCCACAUUCUGGUCCUCUGGAUCCCUGGUCCUGGUCCUCUAGAGUCCUCACCCAGAGUCUUGGCCAACCACACAAGACCAAUGUCCCUGUUUUGUACAGCGGUGUGCAAAACUAUUAGAACACUUGUCAAAUCUGAAUAAACUGGCGUUUGGUUUUUUUUUCCAAAGCCUGAAUUUCACUUUUUGCCGUUGCAAAAGGUAAAGGCA